GAACAAAACAUGCUUGAACCCUAACUCGUCUUCUUCUUCUUCGAUGGGUAAAUUAGCAGUUUCAGUGAUAGUGAGCUUAUGGGUGAUUCCAAUCUUUUUAAUGGUUAAUCACAUCGUUCCUCAUCCUUACAUGGAUGAGAUAUUCCAUAUCCCUCAAGCUCAGGAAUACUGCAAAGGAAAUUUCAGAAGCUGGGAUCCCAUGAUCACUACUCCCCCUGGCCUGUACUAUCUUUCACUAGCCCAUGUUGCUUCUUUGUUUCCAGGGAUGUGGUGUACUAAAGUGGUAUCUUUGUUUUCUGAAGUUUGUUCUCCCGCGAUUCUUCGUUCUGUUAAUGGUGUCUUGGCGGUUAUAUGUAGUCUUCUUGUAUAUGAGAUAAUUACAUGGGUCAAACCAGAUUCUGAUAAGAGGAAAGCAACUUUACAAGCUGUAGUUAUCUCUUUGUAUCCGCUUCAUUGGUUCUUUACGUUUCUGUAUUAUACUGAUGUGGCUUCUUUGACUUUAGUUCUUGCCAUGUACGUGGCUACUCUAAAGAGGCGUUAUCAGCUUAGUGCUCUGCUUGGGGCUAUCGCAAUACUUGUUAGGCAAACAAAUGUUGUGUGGUUGCUGUUUGUUGCGUGCUCUGGGAUUAUUGAUUUUACAUUGCUCCCAAAACAUAAAGAUAAAGUCCAAGCAGAUGAUCAAGAUGUAUCAGUGAGGGAUAAUGACGGGUUGGCAGGCAAUAAAGGCAUGCCAGUGAAGUCAAACCUGAGAAAACGCAAGAUGGAUAUUCCGUCGAGUGUGGUCAAAUAUCCUAUUCUUAAGCCAGUGGAUUCUACCUCACUUUGUACUUCAGGUUUGCUUGAUGAGGUUCAGGUCAUUCUCUUAAGGAUGUGGAACUUAAAAUUUGAAGUUCUGUUAUCCUUUGGCCCAUUCUUAGUUGUAUUUUUGGCCUUCAUCGUGUUUGUCUUCUGGAAUGGAAGUAUAGUACUUGGUGCUAAAGAAGCUCAUACAGCCUCUCUGCACAUUGCACAAAUCAUGUACUUUGCUCUGGUGUCUGCUCUGGCCAUGGCUCCCUUUUAUUUCAGUUACAGGCAGUUCUCUAUGCUAUGCAAGUCAUUGUGGAAGAACAGACCUCUUAGUCUCUUUCAAGUGGUUGUGGUUUCUAUUGCUGGAUUCCUCUCUGUGCAUUAUUUCAGUAUUGCUCACCCCUAUCUUUUAGCUGACAACCGACACUACACCUUUUAUAUUUGGAGGAGAGUUAUUCAAUAUCACUGGUUAAUGAAGUACCUUUUGAUCCCCCUUUAUGUAUAUUCGUGGCUUUCGAUCAUCCAUGAUUUAGGUAAAGGUCGGCAGAGGAUCUGGGUGCUGGUAUUUUUUCUAGCUUGUUCAGGAGUUCUCGUGCCUGCACCCCUGAUUGAGUUCAGAUACUAUACCAUCCCAUUCUACUUCUUACUUCUUCAUUCUCAAAUCAAUGAUUAUAGAAGUUGGCUCUUAAUGGGGGUCAUGUAUGCUGCGGUUAACAUUUUCACAAUUUGGAUGUUCUUGUUCCGCCCAUUUCAUUGGAGCCAUGAGCCUGGGACACAACGAUUUAUAUGGUAGAUACAUCCAUAACAGAUGUUGCACAGCACCGUUAACGCCUUCUUAUGAGCUUCUACACAAGAUGUCAUCCGUUAUUGGAUCUCCAGUUCCCAUCGACUAAUCUAACCAUGGUAUGAUCUUGUCUCUUAAGCAUCAAGUAUAUUUUACCUUACUUGGGUUCCAAUCCCUACUUGUGUUUCUAGAUGGUGAAUGUUUAACAAAAUUCUUGUGAUCUUAGUGAUGUAAUGAGUGAAUAUUUUACAAAAUUUUGCGCUCAGGGGUCAAAAAGAAUCAACAAUUGUUUCCCUGACUAUAUUGAUGAAAAUUUUCUGAGUAGUUACAUACUGAAUCCAAA